AUGUAUCGUCGUACAGACUAUCAGCCAUCAAGAACGCCACCGACCAGCUCACGAAUCAAAAGCCUUUUAGGAGGCACGUUAGGUCCCUCACGAGUGACGAGAUGGGACAUCUUGAAGACAAAUAUAUCGGCCUUGCGCUCGCCGUUUCUUCUUCCUUGGCGAUUGGAACAUCUUUUGUUGGUUUCCCUCUCGAACUUCACUCCAGACAGUUCCCAGUCAAAUUACAAUCAUAACCAAAAAAAUGCUGCUGAUAGGGUAUCCGGUCCAUCGACCCAAACACAUACAUACCUCAGGAAUCCAAUCUGGUGGGCUGGAAUGACAACUAUGGUCGUUGGUGAAGUGGCCAAUUUCGCCGCUUAUACAUUUGCUCCACCUAUCCUUGUAACUCCACUCGGUGCGCUGUCUGUGCUUAUUGGUGCUGUUUUGGCUUCGUUUUUCCUUCAGGAAAAGCUAGGAAGGAUAGGCAAAAUUGGAUGUGCUCUUUGUCUGCUUGGCUCAAUCAUCAUCGUCCUCCAUGCCCCCGAGGACAAAGAGGUUAAAACGGUGGACGAAAUCUUAGGCUAUGCCAUGCACCCUGGGUUCAUGCUCUACUGUUUUUUCGUACUGGUGUUCAGCGUUUUCAUGAUCUACAAAGUCUCUCCGACCUAUGGAUCUCGGGAACCAAUCGUAUACAUCUCGAUUUGCUCGCUGGUCGGCUCAGUCAGCGUGAUGGCCAUCAAGGGAUUCGGCGUGGCAAUCAAACUGACCUUGGCCGGAUCCAAUCAGUUGACUCAUCUGCCAACUUACUUAUUCGCUAUCGUCGUUGCUGGAUGUAUCGUUGUCCAGAUGAAUUACUUCAACAAAGCCCUUGAUCAAUUCUCAACAAACGUGGUCAAUCCGAUCUACUACGUUUGUUUCUCGACGGCUACGAUUGUUUCCUCGUUGAUCCUCUUUCAAGGGUUCGGCACACAAGAUGCAGUCAACACGUUAUCUCUGCUGAUGGGCUUUUUCGUCACCUUUCUUGGAGUGUACCUACUAAAUAUUUCCCGUCUCGACCCGACCGGGACGGCGCAAAACCAGGACCGAAGUCUAGAGAGUGGGGUGAUGCAUCCACGGAUGAGUCUGAAUGCGUCUCGGCUGAGCAUGAGUUCUGAACAGCCGCUGACCCAUCAUCCCAUCCAUCGAUCCUACCAUCGAUCGAGCAUGCCCUCCUCAGCCAACCCCUUCCAUUCCUCUUCCAACGGGCACUUAGGGUUCCGUCGGAGCCAGGAUAGUGUGCUUUUUGACACCUUUCCUGAAGAAAGCGUCGGUCUGACUCUCAUGAACACUUCAGAGGAAGAAGAGGAAGAAGAUGCUCAUCCACAUCAUCAUGGCCAUCAUCGCUCAACUCGGGCAAAUAACUCCGAUUCCCCUCAAAAAAACAAAUUCCCCAUCGCCUCUUUAAGCGAUCUUAAGCCUGGUCGCUCUCCUACAACAACGACUGCUGAUGAACGUCUCAGCCCUCUCGAAACCGAUCUAAAUCCUCCUCCUUGUAUUGACGAAUCAUCUCACUCAUAA